AUGACCAGCAGGUGCAUCCUCCAAACUGCACUCCUGGUGUCUUUCUCCACCACGGUUCUUGCCGUGAACUACGACUUGCUUCAAUUCCAACUAAGCAGCAGCAGUGUGGAGUGCCAGGAGCUCCUUCUGCAGUUGAAUGGAACUUCUAAAGAUUGCCUCAAGGACAGAAUGAACUUCAAGAUCCCUGAGGAGAUUGAGAAAUCCCAACAGUUCCAGAAGGAGGACAUCAUAUUGAUCACCCUUGAGAUGGUCCGGAAGACCUCUGAUAUUUUCAGGAGAAAUCUCUCGAGCACAGGAUGGAAUGAGACCAUUGUUGAGGACCUCCUUGCGACACUCCACAGGCAGAAGGAACAUCUGGAGGAAAUCAUGGAGGAGGGAAACUUCACCUGGGACCACAGGACCCUUCUGCACCUGAAGAGAUACUAUCUAAGGAUUGUGCAGUACCUGAAGGCCAAGGAGUACAGCAUCUGUGCCUGGAUAAUAGUGCAAGCAGAAAUCCUCAGGAGCUUUUUCUUCCUUGAUAAACUUACGGAUUAUCUCCUAAACUGA